GAAGCCCACACACAUUUUUUUCUAAAGUAGCUUCACAAAAAGUCGAGAUGUAAUAUCAAGACGGAGUCAUUCCUGAGUCGAAGCUGACAUAUUUCGGUUUCCUUAUCUAUUCGUUGUUGUAAAAUAAUGUUAGUGUUGUGUCUUAAUCUAUUGUUCAAUGCAGUUGCAGGCUUUGGCAAAUAGCCUAUUUUAUUCACGCAACGUCAUUGCUCCGGAUUUUUUGGCAGACCAAUUACGUCAAUUUAUAAAAGGGCUGCCCAAUCCUGUUGUUGGAAAUCUACUGCCCUGUAGGUUUUCACUCCAGCCCCAACAAACCUCACUGAACAGCUAGUGAUCUCUUUGGGCUGCUAAUUAGUAGAAUCGGACGGGUGUGCCUAAUUAGGGUUGAAAUGGAAAAACUUCAGGCCGGUAGAUCUCCAGGAACAGGGUUGGGAAUCCUGGGUAUUUGAAAGUCUGGCAACCCUAGUGGACUUAGUUUUUAGCAGCGUAGGUCUAAUUGUUCGACUGUCUGUCUUGCAAGUUCAGUGCUUGCAAAGCAGACGCUUCUGACUGGUAGUAAAUUGAAAAAUAAAUACGUAUGGUUAUAUGCUGUACUGUGUCUCAACCGUGCGUUUCGUUUGGGCACUCUUAUGCUAGUGUUGUCCCAGGUUUUUGAACAAAUACAUGUUUUAUUGGCGGAAUACUGUGCUGUGAUUAACAUCUCUUAUUAUCUGUUUUGCUGUAGGCCAUAGAUUUGCGAUCUGUGGGAAAGCAUGCUCAUUGCUUAUGUCUUGUGUAAGUAAAAUAAAUGGGAAUAGGAUUUAUUCAGUAUAGCUCAGGGGAGCACAAACAUUUUCAUCGCCAAACUCCCCUUAAAUGGCCACCCUAAAACAGAGGACCACCACCUCCCAACCUCAAUAUAAUUUACGACUGAAUGCAAUAAAAUUACAGUUUGUCAUAUAGCAGAUGCUUUUACCAAGAAGAUUUACAAAGGUGCAUUCCACAUGAGCGAGAGGAGAAUGUCAGUGUGAUCUGACAUGAAAUGGAUGAAGGCAUCAGCGACCCCAUGGACAUCACCAGGGGAGGAGAGAUGCAAGGAGCAACAGGCAGAUGAAGAGGCUGUGGCAGAGCAGAAACACUCUUCGGGAGGCAGGUGAAGAUGUGUCAGUGACUGCUGUCUGCAGAAGACUUCACAAACAGAACUACGGAGGUUACUCUACAAGAUGCAAACCACUAGAUGACCGCAAAACAGAAUGGACAGGUUCCAGUUUGCUAAGAAGCACCUAAAAGAGCCUCCAGAGUUGUGGACAGAUGAGACCAAGAUUCACUUGUAUCAGAGUGAAGAGCAAAGUGUGAAAGCCACAAGGAACUGCACAAGACUGACAGUACCCCCCCCCCCCCCCCCCCCAUCUGUGAAACAUACUGGUGGGGGUGUUAUGGUUUGAGCAUGUAUGGUUGCCACAGGUACUGUACCACUUGUCUUCACUGAUAAUGUAAUUGUUGAUUGCAGCAGCAGAAAUAAUUCUGAAGUGCACAGAAAUGGUGCCCUGAAAUAGGGUGGAUUAUGUAUAAAAUGUGCUGUAAUUUACAUGGUUAAAGUGUAUUAAAAUAGCCUUAAAUUAAAGGUGAGAAUGUGCACUUUAAACAAAUUCAUGGUCUUCAUUGUGGGAUAUCAGUUUGGGAUAUAUAGAUAGGGUUCUAAAGUGAUGGUAAAAUGUAAUAUUUAAUAUUUAAAUAUAAACAUUUUUUCCGACAGUUAUCAAAUUACUAUUAGUUUCACAUGUCUGUUUACCUUUUCCCCCAAAUGCCAUUUCAAAGAAAGCAAUGGUGCUUUUGAUUCUUCAAUUGGAUGCUUGGCAAUUAAUUUGUCCCUCAGGCUCCUCUUCCCUCCCCACCUGAUUUGUCAAAGCGCUCAGUAGCUCCGCCCUCCCCCCCCCCCCCCUUCCAGCUUCUAGCUUCCCUCCUUGUGUCUGGAUGUAGAGCUGGCAGAGGCUGGCUCACACUCAGACACCUGCUGCUGGAUUUCAGACCGUCUGUUUCCACGGCGUCCUGCAGUAACCUCGGUGUGGGCAAUCCACUUCAGAGACAAACGCAUCACCCAUUAAUAAAUAAUGAGUUUAUUCUGAUGGUUCAUAAAUAAUUUGUCAAUACAUCUCUUUUUUAAUGUUGAUUUCAUCCAGUCAUUAUAAGGACCUGUGAGAUUCAUGUUCAUGGUGAGUACUUGAGUUUUUUUUUAAGUUCCUGUCGUUCUUCGCUUUGGAGAUGUUGGCGAAAUGAAAAAAGCCUGAGCCAAGUGUGAAUCUGGAACUCAUCAUGUAAAUACUGAACCUUUUCUGCAUUUUGCAUAUUUGUGUUAACAUGUAAUUAUUUGCAUGUACGAUCAUCUAAUUAUGUUGUGCCUGCUAAUAGAAUAAUUACAGCUCAACAGUAAUUACAGUUUAAUGGAAAUCCAUUCAUUAUAGUCUAUUACCCUUUCUGACGAUUUUACCCUUAAUCAAUUAAUUAAGGUAAAUUACAUCAUAAGUAAAUUCUUCCCUCUUUUGAAAACUUAUAUCAAUCACAUGACUUAGUUAUAUAAAUUACUCAUGUAAUCCAGAUGAAAGAAUUUGAAUUGCAUGCUUCAAUUUAAACAGAAAUCUGCAGAAAUCCCAUUCUGUCAGUAUUACUCCAUAGUGUUCAACUGACAUGUGGGCAGCUACCAUACUCAUAAUAACUUCGUAAUGCACAUUAAUGUUCUGUGUUGUUUUAUUGCUUCAAACCCAGCUUGGCUUCUCUCCCCUUCUCUAUGCAACUCUAGCUGCUGUUCCCAGUACACCCCCGGGUGUAGACAUUUAUUGUGAUGAAUUAUUUUGUUCCCAGUGGCUUCCACACUGUUGCCUGGUCCUUGUCAGUGAGUGCAGCUGAUGGGAAGUAUGCAGAGAACUCAUUAGGAGAUCUGUGAAGCACAGAAUGGAGAGAGACUGAUUGACCAUUGGCUCUCCUGCUCCUUAAGGAGGAAGUGUCUCAGAGGGGGUAUGACUAACUCCACCGCUCACCCUGGUGGGGGUAUCCCCAACACGACCUUGACCGGGUCCGCCACCCUCAGCAAUGGCAGCACAUCCAGGCCGGACUUUGCGGAUUACGACUGCCACUCUUCGGCCCCAGUCCUGUUGGCAGUGGUGGGCGGCUACAGUGCGGUCGGCCUGGUGGGGUUGCUUGGAAACCUGUGCCUGAUUGGCGUGAUCUGGCGCCAGAAGGAGACUCAGAAUGUUACCAACCUUUUGAUCGGUAACCUGGCGGCGUCGGACACGCUGGUGUGCGUGAUCUGCAUCCCGUUCACCGUGGUCUACACGCUCAUGGACCACUGGCCGUUCGGAGAGGCCAUGUGCAAGGUCACCAGCUUUGUGCAGUGCCUGUCCGUCUCCGUUUCCAGCUUCUCGCUGGUGCUCAUCGCCGUGGAGCGCUACCAGCUGAUCGUCAACCCGCGGGGCUGGAAGCCCAACGUGACGCACGCGCACUGGAGCAUCGCGGGCAUCUGGCUGGGUUCUGCCGCGCUGUCCCUGCCCUACCUGGUCUUCUACCACCUCAGCGACGAGCCCUUCCUCAACAUCUCCCACAGCUUCUACCGCGACAAGUACGCCUGCAUGGACGGCUGGCCGUCGGAGCGCAGCAGGCUGGGCUUCAACACCUGCCUGCUGCUGGUGCAGUACGUGGCACCUCUGUGCUUCAUCCUGGUGUGCUACGGGCGGGUGCUGGCCUGCCUGCGGAGGCGCGGGGAGCGCGGGGAGCGCCAGCGCGAGAGCGAGGCCAGAGUGAGCGAGACCAAGCGCAUCAACAGCCUGCUGGUCUCCAUCGUGGCCGCCUUCGCGGCCUGCUGGCUGCCGCUCAACAUCUUCAACCUGCUGUUCGACUGGCACCACGAGACGCUGCUCAGCUGCCACCACAACCUGCUCUUCACCCUCUGCCACAUGGUGGCCAUGGUCUCCACCUGCAUCAACCCCGUCUUCUACGGCUUCCUCAACAAGAACUUCCAGAAGGAUCUGCAGAUGCGCCUCUGUGGGUUCUGCUCCAGCCCGGAGGCGUACAACAACGUGGGCAUGUCUGUCAUGCAGACUGACAUCUCCAAAGGCUCGCUGAGGCUCAACAACUCCACCAGUGCCUGCUAGAGGAGGGUAGGGCAUGCACUGAAGGACAGGGAGAGACGUCAGGGGGGUUGAGAAGUCAGGAGGCCAGGAGGCCAGGAGGCCAGGAUGUCAUAAAGGGGAGAGGUGAUGUCAUAAAGGAGGGAACAUCCCAGACUGAACCUGACCAAGCUGCAGCUGACUAUGAACAUACAGUACCAGUCUUCUGAUCUCAGCCAUUCUGUCAGCAGAACACGGGACCUCAACAAAAGCACACCAGGCAAAGAGAAAGAAAAAAAUUAAGUUUAGUCAUGUGAGGGCGAUUUUGAAAAAAGACACAUUUUUAACAACAUUGCAUGAGGGGUUGUGUAGCAAACAGCUACACUUCAACAGUGAGGGCCUGAUAAAACAUGUACAAUGUAAUCUUGCUUUCAUAUGUGUGUACUGUGGUUUUAAAUGCAUAACUUGAAACAUUGUAUAACUAGAAAUUGCACAUGCUUGCUUAAAUGUGUGAAGUUCUGAAUCUGUAAUUACAGACACUUCUACGUACAAUGUGUAGGCCAAAGUGCAUUGUGAAGUGUUAUUGUCUUAUAACACUUACAUUUUCUAUUGCUCUUUGCCAAAAUAUUUCUUACAAAAAGUGACCUGUUUCUGAUCAUGUUAAAGAAACUGUAGAGCCCUGGAUUCAAUCUCCAUCUCAAUCCUGAGCUUCUUAGAAAGCCGCCUGCUCCAGGUGGUAUACAAAGAGACAGUAUAAAUAAGCCUACUGAAAAUGUUGUGCAAUGUUAAAUCUUCACUCCUUAUUGGUGUAGUGUACAAAUGUAAAUUUAUAUUAAGUGGUAUGAUUGUGAUUAUGGCCAGACCUUUCAACACAUCUUCUAAAUGGUAUGGAAAUUUAUGAUUUAUUUAUUAUAUUUAUUAUAUAUUUAGGAAUCACACAGACUAUUUAGUUUCCAUCCCCUAACUUAAAAUACAAGACAUUAUUCUCUUUUCAUCUCCAAGUAUGACAGUAUUUUUAAACUUAUAUUUAUUGUAAGCUCUUUAUAAAUUUGAUGUUUGAAUAAAUGUAAACAUACAGGCAGUUCCACAUUGAUGGCUAUAUAAUACGGUGUUUUGUUGUAAGCAGAGAUGGACAUGAUGUACGUAUUAUGUGCAAUGUGAAUUUAGUCCCUGGUUUAACCUGCCUUGUUGGAUGAAAAUUACGUGUGUGCAUUAUUCGUAAGUGUUCUGCUAUUUGAAAAGUUGAAUUGUGUUACAUGAUGAAAAAGGAUAUGUUUUCGGGGAGAAGGAAACUUAUUGUCUUGUGCUUGUGUUGUAGCAGGUGUGACAAUGCGGUUCAUCUUUAUGUUCUUAAGUGUGAUGCACUGAAGCAAGAUUUAUGCUCUUAAACAUUUUUUAUUGAACGUUUUGAAAUUUUAUUCAGUUUCAGAUUACUCAGGUCCAUCGUAGCAUUGGCUUAAAUUGGACACUCAAGGUUAAGGACACAGCACACUGUGGUUAAACUGAAUCUUCCUGUCAGCAUUCUCAAACCCUGCCUCAGUGCUUUGUGCAGCUGUCUGUGGACCAGUAAUUCGAGUAUUUUCUAAUUCAUGUCUGGUGUUCAAAGUCUGGUCAUAAAUCAUGCACAGCGCUGUCGCCGUGAAGCUGGCACCCACGCCGGGUAAUUCAGUUUGUGUUUUAAGAAAGCCUCUGUUCAUUUGCUGCUACUGUGCCUCUGAAAUAAAAAAAGGCAAAAGCGUGGCCCAGUUCCAGCUCUGUGGUAAGCAGCUGUCUCUUCAUAAUGCUACACAAUGCAUA